UUUCCAACCUCAGUGGUUCUAUGAUUUUAUGAUUCUAUUCUCAGAUGUGGCAGGUUCAAUCUAUAAUACGUUAACAUCAGUGAACGAAAGCUUUCAGUUCCAGCAAAUCCUGUGUAUCUGGGCACUCGUUUUGGUCUGCUGGCAGCCACAGUGCCUGGACGCACCCAGUUGAAAACAAACAAAAACAAACCUAGAAAAGUUUUAAACUCUCACAACGCCACGCUAAGCAGCGAGUGUUUGAAGACAGGCAUAGAAAACAAACAAAAAAAGUUUCCCUUUUACUUGUGUUUAUGCCUCAUCCCUAAGCCCGCCGCCAAACUUAGCGGAGGAGGCUACACGCUAGGCUCAGCACACAGCCAGCUCCGUGAGGAAUGCCGGCUCGGCUCGGCUCGGCUCGGCUCGGCUCGGCUCGGCUCGGCUCGGCUCGGCUCGGCUCGGCUCGGCUCGGCUCGGCUGCCGCGACGCCGGUGCCGCCGUUCGCGCAAGCCCGGGGAGGCCACCGCAACAUGGCGCGGGGUCGUUGCUAUGGGAACUGCGUCAUGCCGCGCACGUGGCCGGCGGGAGAAAGAUGGCGGCGCCCGUCUCCGUUUGCCAUGUCGCCUGCUGCGCUAACCGGGUGGGCGGUGGGGCCGUAUCCUGGGGCCGUGGGGAGCUCCUCGCCUUCGGCAGCUGCCGGGACGUCAUACUCUACCAGCCGGCGGCCAGGCGGACGGUGGCGGCGCUCCGCGGGCACAGCGGCAGGGUGAGCUGCGUGCGCUGGGCUCGGCGGCGGGACGGCGCAACUGAAACAGAGUUAGUUUCUGGUGCAUCUGAUAAAAAGCUCAUUCUUUGGGAGUGGAAUGGGACAGGAGUGUGGAACGAUCAGCUUGUGAAAAGCACUCCUCUCGAAGGCCAUACUGAAGCUGUUUGUGCUGUGGAUACUAUCUACCAGUCAGUUGAACCUGAUUUAAAUCUGUUAAUAGCUUCUGCAGCAUCUGACUCUACUGUGAGAAUCUGGUCUCGGCAUGAUUCAGAAGUUAAAUGCAUUGAAGUUCUGCAGUUUGGAAAUGGAUUUGUUAUGGAUGUUUCCUUAUCUUUCUUGCCUGACAGCAAUGUACCAAUACUGGCUUGUGGUGGUGAUGACUGCAAAAUAAAUUUGUUUAUACAGCAGAAUGGUCAGUUUCAGAAAAUAUUAAUACUCCCUGGCCAUGAAGAUUGGAUAAGAGGUGUUGAAUGGGCGAUCUGUGGCGAUGAUCUAUUCUUAGCAAGCUGUGCUCAGGAUUGUUUGAUAAGAAUUUGGAAAGUGCGUACAAAAUCAAAGCAAUUUUCAGAAACUGAAGAUGAUUCUCUCAGACUGAAAGAGAACGUUUUUACUGUUAAAGAUACUGAUACAACAUACGCAAUUACUUUGGAGUCUGUGUUGGCUGGUCAUGAAAACUGGGUGUAUGCAGUCCACUGGCAACCUUCCUUUUCCAAGGGUGGCAGCAUGCAACAACCAAUGAGGAUAUUGUCUGCAUCGAUGGACAAAACUGUGAUCAUCUGGGAACCUGAUAAGGAGUCUGGAGUUUGGCUAGAACAGGUGCGGGUAGGUGAAGUGGGUGGCAAUACUCUUGGAUUUUUUGACUGCCAGUUUAGUCCAGAUGGUUCAAUGAUCAUCGCUCACGCUUUUCAUGGAGCAUUCCACCUUUGGAAACAGACUUCAAUUAAUAAGAAAGAGUGGACUCCAGAAGUUGUGAUUUCAGGACAUUUUAACAGUGUUGAGGAUGUACAGUGGGACCCAGAAGGAGAAUUUAUCAUCAGUGUUGGUUCUGAUCAAACUACUAGGCUAUUUGCUCCGUGGAAAAGAAAACAUGAGACAGAGGUGACCUGGCAUGAAAUUGCACGGCCUCAAGUACAUGGGUAUGACAUGCGUUGUCUGGCAAUGAUUGGCCGGUUUCAGUUUGUAUCAGGAGCAGAUGAAAAAGUGCUUCGAGUUUUUUGUGCUCCCAAGAAUUUUAUAGAAAAUUUCAGUAACAUCACUGGUAUUCCAAUGGAGAAGCUGUGCUCCCAUAUUCAGCCAUCUUCUGACCUUCCAGAAGGUGCAACUGUGCCAGCAUUGGGUUUAUCCAAUAAAGCUGUUUUUGAAGGAGAUCUGUCUGCUCGAGUAGCUGAGGAUGAAGAAACAUUUAAUACUAUUUCUAAUCAGUAUCCUGAGAUUUAUUUUCAACCCCUGAUCCUUACAGAACCUCCUCAAGAGGAUCACUUACUGCAGAAUACAUUGUGGCCUGAAAUUCAGAAGUUAUAUGGUCAUGGAUAUGAAAUUUUUUGUGUUGCUUGCAAUAAUUCAAACACUGUAAUUGCCUCGGCAUGUAAGGCUUCCAAAAAAGAACAUGCAGCAAUUAUUUUGUGGAGCACUUCUUCUUGGAAGAAAAUACAGAGUUUGCCAUUUCACAAUCUGACAGUUACUCAGCUGGCAUUUUCACCUAAUGACAAACUUUUAUUAGCGGUGUCUAGAGACAGAAAUUGGUCACUGUGGAGACAAGAAGGCUCAUCAGAGUCAGGACCGGUUUUCAGUUGCUGUGCAUACACAGACAAAAAUACAGCUAUUCACAGUCGAAUCAUUUGGUCUUGUGAUUGGACACCAGAUAGCAAGUAUUUUGUUACUGGCAGUAGGGACAAAAAGGUCAUCAUCUGGGGUCAGUGUGAUUUACCUGUGACUACUGAAGGCAGUGUGUUGGAUUCAAUCAAACCUUGUUCAACAGUACUGGAUGCUGGAGAUUCUGUUACUGCUGUUAGUAUCAGCCAUGUGCUUACUCCAGAUGGAAGGUAUGUUGUUGCAGUAGGCUUAGAGAAUGGGAAGAUUAACUUUUACACAUGGAAGCAGAGUGGGCAAGAGCCAGCAGUAGCUGACUGGACCAAGUGUGUUGAGAUGGAUAACAGCCAAAGCCAUGCUCUUGCUGUGAAACGUUUGUGUUGGAGACAUCGCGAGGGCAGAGCUGGACAUAACGAUCAGAAUAACAGCGAGUGGUUGCAGCUUGCAAGUUGUGGAGCUGAUCACUGUGUUAAAAUAUUCAAUGUCAACAGAUUUGCUCUCUAGCAAAGACAGCAGGCCUGUCUGUGCAAAAUGAAUUCACAACACUUUUUAAGCUUUGUUUAAUCUUACUUUUUUUUGAAUUCUGUUUUCUGCUGUGGAAGGCGAAACAUCUGAAAUAUAACUUAUUAAAACAACUUUGAUGAUAAUUUGAAAUAUUUUUCUAGUUCUACACUUCCAGGAAAUGUGAAGUAUUUAUAUAUUUUGGUUGGUGAAUAUCCUGGAGCUCAGGGAUAGGAGGUGUGAGAUAUGGCAUAGAAGAAGGUUAACGAGACCUCUUUGUUCACUGUGAGUCUGGAGUUGGUGGGAAGCUGCCAGUACUUGGAUUCUUCCAUGCUAGGGUCAACAAGUGGAGCAUGGAAUUGUUUGAAACACCUUAUUCCUAUUAAAUGCAACUAUCAAUUAGCCUGUCAGUGCUGACACUGUAUUUAAGCAUUGCAGUUAACCAGAGAUCAGAGCUGAAUACACACCUUUCCCUGAUAGCCUUCCGAAUGUUUAUUACAGUACCUGUCCAAGUCUUAGACCAGCUUACUCUAGAACAGGCAUGUCCAACCUGCAGGCCGCAUGCAGCCUGGCAUGGCUGGCAGUGCAGCCCGCCCCCUGCCUUGCUCUGUAAGGGUGGUGGCUCUUCCCUGCAGAGUGACCCGGGGCAUGCACCCAUCACUAUUAACAAUGUGUUGACUGAAAUGAGGUCACAGGGAGGGCAGUACUGACUUGAGUGAUGGCAAAUAACUGUAUGCAUUUUCAUACAUUGGCUAAACACAGUACUCUAAACAGCAAAGAAUAUGCAGCCAUGCUUUCUGUUUCGAUAAAGGAGUUUGAGAAUAAGUUUCGAGAUGGCAAAAAAAAUCAUAAAUUUGUUUGUGACACCGUUUUCUGUUGAUAUAAAUACAUUACCUGCAAAUUUUCAAAUGGAAUGUAUAGAGUUGCAAUCAGAUAUUCACCUCAAAAAUCUGAUCAUGUCUGAUAAAAGUCUAGUAAAGAGACAUCUCUUACAAGAGGAAAAAUACCUUUCACUUCACAACCACAACUUAUUCAUGUCAUUGCUUUUUGGCAGUACGUCUGUGAACAGUUGUCAAGGAUAAAGUACAAGAAGAGUAAAAUUUCAUCAAAAAUCUCUGAACACCUUGAGAGCUCACUGAAAAUUGCAACCACUUCUACUGAAGAAGACUGAUGCAUUAGUUUCACAAAACAAGGUCAAAUAUCCCACUAGUUUUAUGAUUUUGUUCCUCUCUUUUUUUAAUAUUUUAAGAAAAAUAUUUAAAAUGUUUUGUUACUUAUAUAUUAACAAUACUGUAUAUUUUAAGAGGGCUGCACCCAAAACAGUGCAUCCUAUUUUAUGAUGUUAGCCCAUGACACUAGAGGUGGAUGUUGGUGGUGUGGCAGUAGAGGUUAAACUUCCCACCAUUGUCCCGUUCCUUGUUGUUGCUGUGCAACAGAUGGCAGCAGAGGGGCAGUCUGACACAAUGGUGUCUGACAUGGAAGUGCGGAUGGAAUGAAGGUGUGAAAUUUAAUUCCUCCUUGUGGAAAAAAUGGCACCCACUGUCAUUCAUUGACGCUGAAUGUGUAUGGAGACCAAACAGUGGAUGUGAGCACAGUGAGGCAGUGGGUGGUGUGUUUCAGCUGUGGUGACAGCGGAUUUUUGUGAGCACAGCAUUCAGGCUCUUGUUCAUCACUGGUAAAAACGCGUAACUAAUGGUGGUGACUAUGUUGAAAAAGAGUGUUUUGUAGCUGAGAAUUUGCUCUAUGAAACAAUGUUAUUGUUCUCUUUGUAUUGGUUGUAGAAAUAAAAAUAGAAAUAAAUAGAGGAAUAAAUAGAAAUAAAUAGGAGGCAUUACUUUUGGAACAACGUAUUUAUAUGCAGCACAGGACAAUUCCUCUUUACUCAUUGUGGCCCAGGCAAGCCAAAGGGUUGGACAGCCAUGCUCUAGAAGGAGCAGUUUGUCCUUAUGCUUGAAAUACUUGUUUGUUUUUCUUGUGAAGUGGGAGCUUGAAGCAUAACUCUCAGACAACUUAAAUCUUCUCAUGUCUCCUCUGUAUAACUGAGAGCUAUUCCUGAGCAGAGCGCUAUAGGAGAGCCACCUCUUUCUUUGCUCAAAUGCUGUCCUCUGCAGUUUAGGCUGGAAAAACUUACAAAUAUUAGUAGGCAGGAGCUGAAAGGUGGCAACGGAUCCUUAUACUGCGUUCUACUUACUCUUCCUGUCUUUUGAGUGCUCUGGUGAGAAGUUGAACAGUGAAUUGUGUUAGCAUAUUGUAUUUAGGGCAGAGUAACAAUAAAUGGUGAGUACUUCAGAGAAGAUACUUUUGCCUUCGCACGUCUGUCUCUGAUUUCAAAGUCUAAUUAGAAGUUGGUUAAGCUUUGAGGUUAAAAUAAUUUUUGUUCCAGAAUUAAUUGUUACCCAAGCUGGUAGUGCAGAAAUAAUUGGAAUUGUGCUUAACUUUUUACUGUGUUGCAGCUUUAACUAAAGAAUACAGAUCCUUUGAGGGGAGGAAAACUCUUUUCAAAAUAAUUAUAAUUUAUGUUUUAAAGAUUUUAAUAUUUUAGCUUUUUAUUUUCAUUUCUUUUUUUGCAGCAUAAAAAAGAAGAUUCUUUGAAAUGUCUUAGGAAAAACUUUACUAAGAUUCUUUGCUGCAUUCACUUUAUUUGUGGUACCCAAUGCUUCCUUCACCUUGUGUACCUUAAGCUUUUGAUCAGUUUAUUUCACCUGUCCCAGGAAUUCUUAAAUGAACAUAGACUGUAUCCUGUCAAAAGACACAACGUUCAUGAGGUUUCAUUGAACUUUAUUAUGUCACAAUUGAAGUUCGAUAUCUUACCUUCAAUUUGCUUGAAAUACUAGCUAGUACUUUCCAAAACUAGCGUGUCUUGCCAUAUAGGGAAAAGCAAAACAACCUAUUAAUUGUCCAUCUUGUAUUUUGUACUGUCACUGAACACGCUUUCUUUACCAAUACCAAUGUUGUUAAUCAAGCAUCAGCUACUACAUGAUAGAGUAAUGCUUUCCAUUAUAUCUGGGUUUUCUGUGACUCGGUCAUACUGAAGAGUGUACCUCAUUGUUCCAACUUCAGAUGCAUCAGAUCAGUCUGUUGAUCUCCUCAGUUCAAAUGUUUGUAACAGACACUUUUUAUUUUCAUUUAAGGUAGAGAUCGUCCAGAGACUAACACACAAUAGCUUUUUUAUGUAAAAUGUUAUGUUUGUUCACAUAUCACUUCACUAUGCAUUUAGUUGGCUUUUUUUUUUUUACAUAUACCUUUAUCUUUUCAGUAGAUCUGCUGUAGUCUUCUCAAAUCAGCAGCUGGGUAACAGGUCAGGUGUUGACUUCGUUUUCUCAGCUGAUAUCAGAGAAUUUUUUGGAUCCCUGUAAGUGAGAUAUGAAGGAAAAAGUGUAAUUUUAGAGGUUGUUUUGUGAGUAACAUUGUCUGCCUAAUGAAGAACGCAGUUCUCUAAACAGAAAAAUAAUACCUUUUAAGAUUACUAUAAAAGUACCUAGAGAAUUUCUAUGUUGCUUAUUUUAUUUAUUUAUUUAAAAAAAAUUGAGAAAACCAAGCACUUUCCAGACCUUGACAAUAUUCACUCUAUUCCAUUAUCCUUGUUUUAUUGGUAUUAUAAAUUCUGGUGGAAUAAUGUGCCUUCUUGCUAUUUUUCCUUCUUUCUGCAAAGACUCGAUUAAAAGAUUCUGCUGCUCUUGCCCACUUGAA